AUGGAGCGAGACAAGGGCCAUCUUGACCUCGAGGAGCAAAUCUUCGGACGUGAUUCAGACGACGAGCUCUCUUCACCCGAGGAGGACGAGCCCCCGCCGCGCCGCAAUGUGCGGGCCUCAUCUGGUAUACCUGACGAUGCCGAGUCGUCGGGGGAUUCUGGGGAUGAGUACGUACAAGAGAAAGCUGCCGCGAAGGUGAAGCAGAGCAGGCGGCGAAGUCGGCGUGUGGCGGAGGAGGGGGAGCGACAGCCGAAGCAGAGGAAGCGGAAACGCAAGCAGCUGGACGAGAUAGAUCUCAGCCAGCUUCCCCCAGAGCAAGCCAGCAAAUUGAGAUUGGACAUGCAAAUUGAGGCCAUAUUGAAACCCAAAAAAUCUUCAAAGUCUAGGAGAAAGAAAAAGGAUGACGAGGAUGUGCUUGACAGAUACGCUGACGAGGAAGUGUCCCGCCUCCGAGAAGCAAUGUUGUCUGCUGCUCAGGAUGACGAUCAGUCUAAUCGAGAAAAGCUUCCCGCCACCGCUAAGUUGCGGAUGCUUUCCCAGGUAAUGGAAGUGCUGCGAAAGAAUUCUCUCUCACAGUCGAUAACUGACAAUAACCUCCUGGAGGGAGUACGAAGAUGGCUGGAACCUCUUCCUGACAGGUCCCUUCCUGCACUGGACAUUCAGAAAGAGUUCUUCCCUAUCCUAAAGAAGAUGGAAUACAUUGAUAGCAGUGCCCUAAAGGAAUCAGGGCUGGGGCGCGUGGUCAUCUUCUACACCAAAUCCAAACGGGUAACUGCUGACAUCGCACGCCACGCCAAUGAUCUCAUCUCUGCGUGGUCCCGGCCAAUCAUUAAGCGCAGUGCUUCCUACAGGGACCGCAUUGUCCCCACCGCACAAACAGGAGACGGCGAAGGUGCCCGUGGUGGUGAGCGACUGAAUACCAUCCUUGCGCGCGCCAGGGAAACCGACAAGAACCGCGUGCGGAAGAACGCGGUUAUGAUCCCCCAGCGGGAGCUGGGCAGCUACACGGUCGCUCCGAAACCGAAUGCUGGCUUUGGCAAGGGAAGCAUGAGCGUGGAUGUCGACAUCGAACGGCGAAAGAGGGGUGCAGAGAGGCUGAGGAGCCUUACGAGGAAGAUGGCAACGAAGAGCUGA